ACUAAAAAGUCAACUGAGAAAAAUCUGCGAUUUCCUCAUUGGCAACAUUUAAUUCAAACUGCCCUUGAAGUAUUUUCAGCAGAGGAAAUAAGUCAAAUCGAUGCUGUAACAAAAUAUAACCGAAUGCAGAAUUAACUUUACAUGUAGGAUAACUACUGUUUUUUUUUUUUUUAUUAUUUUCUUUAUGUUGUUUUAUAUUUCAUAUGAAAAGUUACGUUUUGUGUGGCAUACACCGGUGGACCUCUGGAUCAAAGAUUAACUGUUUGAAGAAAUGAGGGGCUAUACGGAAGGCGAGAGAGUCGGAGGCGUAGUUGCUGGUCCAAGCUUGGAGCUGUGCUGUCUGGAGGAGGAAGGGGAAAGAUGUAAUAAACCCAAAGGAAAUGCCAGCUUCAGCAAAAGAAUACAGAAAAGUAUAUCCCAAAAGAAAAUUAAUCUAGCGGUCGACAAAAGUGCUAGGCAUCUGUAUAUAUGUGAUUUUCACAAAAGCCUAAUUCAGAGUGUAAGAAAUAAAAGGCGGAGGAAGGGCAGUGAUGAUGAUGAUGGAGGAGAUUCACCUGACCAUGACACUCAUUUCCCAGAGGUUGACUUGUUCCAGUUACAAGUAAACACACUGAGACGGUACAAGAGACAUUUCAAAUUACAGACCAGGCCCGGACUAAACAAAGCACAACUAGUAGAGAUAAUUGGCUGCCACUUUAGGACAAUACCAGUGGAUGAGAAGGAAACCCUAACAUAUUUCCUCUGCACAGUAAAAAAUGAGAAGAGCAUGACCUGAAGGACAAUUGCAUUCAUUUGUUAUACCCCACCCACUCUAACGCGGGUGUCGGGGUCCAAUAUAAAUCGCUAUAUAUCGAGAGCCGCGAUAUAGCGAGAGACCCAUAGAAAAACAAAGAGGCUAACAAACACUGUACAACCACUCCCUUGUUUUUAUGGGGAGUGUCAGGGUCCAAUAUAAAACCUCUACACAACCUGCUUUUUCUCAUAUUUCAUACAAAAAGCAAUACACUGUUUUAUUUGGUACUUCAAAGGGUAAUUGAUUCUCAUCAACUUAAGUAUCCAAUUAAUUGAGUUUUCCUCUCCUUUCUCAAAUGCACAAACCCGCUGCAUUGAAAUAAUCCAUUCCCAACAUAGGAGGCUUGUUGCUAGGGAGCGGACGUCACUGCUCUGUGACUUUUGCUGUGUAUUGCUGCCACAAGUGAACACCUUGUUGGCUAAAGUAAAAAACGCUUCAGCAAGUAGAUAUUUAAUUUGCUUUGUGUUAUUGUGCAAUGCAUGUGUAUAUGAUAACAGUACAAUAUUAAUGCUUUGUUUUUAAUGGCUCUGUAUAUUUCUGUUUGUGAUGAGCAGUACGAAAUAAAACGAACAGUAAUUCUAAGUGAAUUUGCCUAUGUAUAUUGCAGCUAAGGCAUGCGCAGUUAGACUGUAAAAAUGGGGAGCCAACUCCAGGACCGCGAUAUAUCCUAAUCCACAAUAUAGCAAGGGGCGAUAUAACGAGGGGUGGGUGUAUAUAUGUGUGUGUGAUAUAUAUAAAAAAUAUGCUAAGCUUUAAGACUUUUUCCCUUAUUUUAUAGUGGAUUUUUAUUCAAGUGUAAUUUUAUUUUUGCAUAUAUGUAUGUGUAAGUUAUAUUUGUUACUUAUUUUUUUUUAAUAUCUUUUCCACAUUAGACAAACUUGGGAUUUCCAACUGUCCUAAACUCACUUUACUAUUUCUUUUAAGGUGGGUACCACUGUUUUAUGCAGAAAAGUUACAGAUUAUGUAUGAAAUCCCUUUUCUCAGAUGUGCUGUUUUAUAUUGGAGACAAAUAGUACAUUUUAUAAUUAUCAAAUCUUUAUAUUUAUCAACACUGAUGAAAGCAUUAGUUGAACUGUUACUUUAAAUCGGGGGUAAAAACAUGAACAACUCUGAUUGCAUGGAUUAUAUAUUUAUCAAAAACGGUAAAGGAUUCUGAAUCGAUGUUGUAAUUUAUCUGUGGUUUAUUUUUUGGGGGUUGGAGCAAGCAAUAUAUUUCUACCCACCUAGAAUUUACUGUAUUAAAAGAGCAGGGAAACCGGGCCAGAAAAAUCUACUGACUGAAAUUAAAUCAGAAAAUGCGUACCUACAGAGCAGUAGACAGUUAAAAGCAAUAGAGACAUUGUUAAAGUAAUAUGUUCCAGUAUCUUUGGAGGAAAUCACAGACAGAAACAACAGAGACAUUUGCAGAGUGCAGUAAUGGCAGGGAACACUUGCAUGUUAUAGCACUUGAGAACCUCCAUUAUGGAUAUUAGAUUACAUGAUUACAUGUUUCUGGAUGUAUCAAAUAUUAUACUGUAAAUUGUCUGUUUAGAUUUGGAGUAGAGAUCUCAAAAUGUUUCCCCUGGUUAAGAAAUGUAAAAAACUGUACCCAGUGGAGUUUAUUUGUAACUAUAAAUCCACAUCUAUUUCAACAGCUAAUUUCUCAUAAUCCAUUUAGAUUAUGCUUUUUUUCAAGUGCAUGAGCUCUACUUUGGGACCUGUGAUCUAAAAUGGCUGCCAUAUUGUGAUCAUGUGAUCUUUUGGUUUCUGGAUAAUAGGAACCUCAUGCUUCAUAUCAAACUGUAUUCACAAAAACACACUUUGAAUAAAUAUUACUUAAAUAACUCACAGGUUCAAUCUGUGUGUAAAGGGCCAUUGUCUUUACAUUUGGUACACUCCUGUAUUCUAUGGUUUUCUAAAUGAAUUACCAUUACCUGUGUUGACCAAUAAAAAAAAUAAUUUGCAUUGUUUUAA